UAUGUACUGUUGGUUUGCCUUCAGGAACAGGGUUAGAAAACACUGCUCUAGUAGUCCUAAACUAAUCUUGGUUUGAGCGAAACUAUGCAGAGCUGCGGCCCUCCAGGAAUCGAGUUUGAGAACAUGCUAGGUGGCAGUGUGGGUACUAAUAUGUAACAUUUAAAUACAAAAAUGUUAAAAAGGGUACAUCAAUGGCAGCUUUUGUACCUUUAUUCGUAAGAGUGCAUGAGUAGAAAGAAUGAACAGCACUAGUAAUAUUUGCUGAAGAUAGUGUGUUGGCAGAAAACUACUCCAAAGUUCACUUAAGCGAUGAAAACAGGAUGAUGCUCUUGAUCUUCAGUCUGGGGAAGUCAGUAAAAGGUAACGGUGGAGUGUUCAUACAUUUAGUUUUUUACCGAAUAUGUUCAGAAGUGCAUAAUGGUGACACUUCUGUUGGCUAACACCAGCAUGGUCUCGUUAGUCUUGAUUCCUGCUCCAACAUUUAGAUAAUAGUGUCAAAAUCAGAGGCAAACGUUAUUGUGUGGGUUGGUAAAUGUUUCUGGAUUUUCCUUGUCCUGUACAUGCAUCCAUGUUUUUAGAUAGAGGAAAAGAGAAGGACAGAAAAGGGAGGAGAUGGAAAUGGAGAGGGCAAGGGAGGGAGGGAAUGUCUGUGCAAUUAUCCAGAUUUUUUAGGAAAACCCACACGGUCAGAACCUCCCAUAAGCUUUUCAGGACAACACAGUUGAAGCCGUUUGUUCCACAACUUGACUGUCUUUUAUCUCUUCUGCAUACCUGCAGUUUAAAAAGUUUCUGUCAAAGUGCAUCAGAGAACGGAAGUAACUGCAGCAGUCUAUAGAGGAAGUAUGUCGCUCUCUUUGCGUUUAGUCUGUCUACUCCUGACUGCUUUCUGUGCCAGCGUUUGCCUUAGCAAACCUGCUCCAUUCAAUGUGUCCAUGGAGGGUAGCGGUGACGAACCCGAACUCAUAUUCCCCAUUGCUCGAACCACCCAUGUUCCUCCAUCCCCGUCUCCAUCUCCCAACAUCACGACCACUUUCAUCCGCAUCAAAGACUUCAUCUUCAACCAGGUGGUGGAUUUCCUGAAGGAGAACUUGCUGCUCAUUAUUGUGGUGACUGCGCUGUUGGUCGUCAUCAUCUUCAUUGUCUGCUGCGCCUCAGCUAUGAGUCACAAGCGCAAACUCGAGGCCUAUUAUCCUCCAAAAACCUUCGCUCCCAGAAAAUACAUCGACCAACCGAGUAAAGCUAUGGGACAACCUCAUAACCAAGAUGGCAAGAUAACCACUGCAAAGACUCUGCGAGAACCUACGAAAGCACUAGUGGGGGAGAAGGAUGGAAAAGAGCCACGUGCCAAACCAAAAGAGGUCAAAAAGGUGGAGGAUGUUGAAGUGGUGGAGAUGCAGAAAGAUGAGCCCAAGAAGAAAGAGGAGCCUCUGCCAACCACCUCAAACAGUCAACCACUGGUCUGUACGUGCCAUCUCAGAAAGGCCAAUCACAGCACAGCAUGAGGGCGUUUACUGCUACCAUUGACCAUCAUUCCAAACGUUUUCUACCGUUAGAUAUUCAGUCAACAUUCAUGAAUCUUUUGGUAGAUGUGAAGACCUCACUUGCUUUUGUCAGCCGAGUUUCAACUCUGAGCACCACCGGUCAAUGUGAUUUUGCCAAGUUAGACUUGUCUACAAAAAAUCCGUGAAGUGACACACAUGACAAAAAUGAAUAUAAUUUGUAUUGUUGUCAUUUAAAAUGCAGUAAGUGGUUAAACAUUUAUUUGUCUUCCAUGGACCUCUUGUUAUGAAAACGGCUGUGUUAUUAAAUUUAUUUUAUCCAAAUCUCAAAACUGUCCUAUAGGGGGACUGUCUCAAGCAUAGUUUAAUAAAUUACAAAUCAUAUAAAUGAAAAAGAAAAUCAUAAAAUUCUUCAUAUAUAAAUACCUCAGGCCUAAUUUUACAAGUGGCUUUUUUCAUAAAUAUUAAUCUUUUUUUUCUCAUAUAUUUCUAAAAACAUAGGAACCUGAUGCUAAUUUUCACUGAGAACCAUGUUCUCUGGUGUGACACUAUGCUAAAUUGCUCUGAAAAUUUUUAUUAGUUGGGACCCCAUUUAAAUUUGUGUGACUGAAGGUCUCUGUGAAGUCAAAAUUAUGUUUUGUAGUCCUUUUGUGUCCUUUUUUUAAAUGUCCAACAAGACUUAAAGGUAAUGGAUAAAACAUUAUACUAUUCAUAAUUUCAUGUACGGUGGCCAAGAGAGCUUAAUAUGCUGCAUUUUAAGAAAACGCAUGCAAUUACUAAAAACACCAGCAAAUUAAGAAAAAAUCUAAUCAGUUUGACAGCAUGUGCUACAAAUUCACACAAUGCAAACACAUAAAAAAUGUGCUGCAUUUUCCCACAACUCAAACAAAUUAAUAAAACAUGCUGCAUUUUCUCACAACGCAAACACUUUACGAAAACGUGCUGCAUUUUCUCACAACACAAGUAGAAUAGGACACAACAGAAAUGUUUCAAGGGGACCCAAAAAUGGACGGAUGCCGCUGUGUCGUGACUCGUGACUAUUGCUCUGUGAAGUUGUAGGUGAUCUUUGAAAGGUGCGUUCUUUUGUUUGUUUAUUUUAAUAUCCCAAUUUCAGUGUCUUUAGUAUUUAUUACCCUAAAUAACCAUAAUCUAAAUAGCCAGGUCUGUUAUGAUUUACAGUCUCCUUGAAACAUUACAUUGGUUUCAAACUUUUCAAAAGUGUUGUGAGGAAAAUGCUGCAUGUUUUCGUGAAUUGUUUUUGUAAGUACAUGCAGUGCGUUUUAUUAAUUUGUUUGCGUGUGAAAAUGCAGCACGUUUUUUAAAACUGUGUUUGUGUUUUGAGGAUUUGCAUCACGUUAAGAUCUCUGACAUCAUAGAAAUGUGUCCAACAAUGAAGAUAAAUUGCUCUCAUAUUAUUUGUGUAUUAUUAAGCGUUAAUUUUCUUAAUUUUUGCUUUCACACCAUAAGAAAUUUUACUGUACAGUUCAGUAAAAAAGUAAUUGAUAAAGUUAGUGACCACUUCAAAUUUUCUCAAACAUCAGACUACAUAAAUAAAUAAAAAUAAUAAUGGUGCUUUAAUAGUGCUUUACAAAAAAAUGUUUUUACCAUCUAUUUGUCGUUUACCCACAUUCCUGUUAAAUAAUAUUAUCCUAAACCAGCCUGAUCUCAAAAGAGAACAUAAUUAUUUUACGUUUUGUUAGUUUAGUGGCUAAUUCAUA